AUGGUGAGUUUUUCCUUCCGAAAUUUAUGUCAUGUCUAUCAAGCGUGUGCAGAAAUUGCUAUUUUCGGAAUAUUGUGAUUUCGAAGAUAUGGUAUUAAUCGAAAGUCCUUUUGCUCAAACGACAAAAGAAGGAAGAGGACUUAGACAAGUGCAUUUAGGUUUAACCCCGUCGAAAUUAGUACUGGCAACGGACGUUUUGCCACCAGUUGAAAAAUCUUCCGUGAAAUUUCUCCCGGGAAUCGAUCCUGACAUCGAAACGUUCGAACUAAUCGCGAUCUAUCCCAUCAAUUGCGUAAAUUUGAGUGUUUACCGCAGACGCAAACGGCAAACGAUCAAAGCACAUUUCUGCAACAACCGCGUAUUUUACUUCGAACUCGGAGGGUUCGAGAACCGUACUAUGUUCUGGAACCUCUGGUGCGAAAAAGUUAAAUUUCUGUCGCCAGAAUCCGGGUCUUCUCAGUCCGAAACGUCAGUUGCCACCUCAUCCACCAACAGUACAAUUUAUCUAGUCGACAGUAAACAAGUAGUGAAACCAAACGGCUUAACUCAAGUCUGGUGCAAAUUUGGUACUGGUAAAACCCAAGCACCGAAGUGGACAGAUCGGUUCCUUUACAUGGGAAAAAAUUUCGAAGAUUACCCAAAUUAUAAACCAAUAAUGAACUCACCAAGCAUUUCACAAUUCGUCAAACCGAAAAGGAAAUCACAUUUUUCGGCCCCGAAAAGUCAAACAAGCCAAAUUAACGAAGUACAUAUCGGUGAUAGCUACCACAUUAAUAGAUUUGGUCUAGGAAUUAGGGAAGGUUGCAAAAGUCGGCUUUUCCUCCCUGCUGAAGAUUACAUUCUUCCAAGGAGAUUCAGCCAAACUAGUGGUCAAUCUUCAGUAUAUUACGACGAAAUCCAGUUGACGGGUCAUACCCCAGAUACACUAGAACUCAUGGCUGAAGAUUGUGUCCGACUUUGGGAAUUAUCAAACGAGAAUCCCAGAAAGGGCAAAAUUAGGCAUCGCCGACGGUAUGGAAUUGCCCCGCAACCCCUAUUUCUAUACGGUUUAGGCCCUUGGAACAUCAGUCCUGGAGCAAAAUACUCAAUUCAGGUCAAAAGGGCCGUCUCUGUGGUCACAAUUCGCCGGCAACCCAUCGAACCAGAAUUACGACUACCGGUCACUAAAAGACAAUUAGUUGCAACCAUAUCGUGCGAAGCCUUGCAUCAAGAUAAAUCAAAAAUUAAUCAACAAAUGUCAUGCGGGGGUCCUCGAAGGCCAGUAAUAUUUUUCUGGACUCCUGAUUACUGGUAUCGACCGCGAUCAGCAAAAGAUGCUUAUCAAGAGUUGCAAGGUCAUUUAGCUAAGAUCAGUGAAUUCCACCAAAAACACAAAAAAAAACGCCGUUUGUUCCGUCGACGCGUCCAACCAGAACCUGAAUCUUCCGAUUCGGAUUCAAGCCUAGAUACGUGUCGCAAAUAUCGCAAAGCCAAGAAAAGAAAAUCAAUGAUGCGGUUUAAUGUCUUUGGGGGUAAAACACACGACAUGUGGGAUGUUGCUUUGUGCUGCCUAUCUAUGGCAGAACAAGAAAAAACGUCCAAGGAGACGAUUCUUCAACAUUUGAAACGAUUGUUGAAAGUCGACGUCAAAUUAACAGCCUGGGAUUUCAACUCAACGACUUUAGCCCAACAACUCACCAUGAUUGACAGAGAUUUGUUCCUGAAAAUUUCAGGACUCGAGCUCAGCGUUUUGAUAUCACAACAGUCAUCGAAAAAUGCCCCAAACGUGGCUGCUAUGGUUGCCUUCUCGCACAGAAUAUCUUGUUUGGUGGCUAGUGAUAUCCUCAAAAAUGAAUGCGAACGGAUGAGGGCACGUUUGAUUGCACGAUUUAUCACAGUUGCAGAAAAGUGUCACAGGAUUUCGAACUUCCAGUCUUGUCGAACUGUUUUGUUUGGGCUUCAGAGCCCUGCGAUUUAUCGAUUGAAAACAACUUGGGCUUAUGUUAGAAAAAAACACGCCAGCAAAUACCAGGUUUUUGAGUUUUUGUGUCGACUUUAUCGAGAUCCUCGCUUGCUAGCCUAUCAAAAAACUUCUUUUUUAUCUUCCCAAACCACUCCUUACUUGCCUUUCAUCGGCGAUAUCGUUGCAAAACUGCUAGACAAAAUUCCGGAAUACAAAAUAAUGAAAAAAGAGAAGUCGGAAAAGAUAGAAGAAGGGUCGCCGAAAGACAGUGGAAUUUUCACGAAGUUGUUGAUGUCAAUGAAGUUGGUUAAUUUCCAAAAUUCCGCGUCCGAAUCUAAAGUGAAUGAUUCCGACGGCAAAAAGGGACUGUGUCAUUAUUUUAAACCUCUCGAUUGCUAUGAAGACAACCGAUUUAAAUGCUUGAUUGAAACAACGGAGUUUUUACAACAGUGUCAACUAAGUGCAUUACAUUAUAAUUUUAUGCCAAACAAUCUUGCGACUGAUUAUCUGUUAAAAGCGCGGUAUAAAGAAGAAAGGGAUAAUUUUUAUCAAUCGUUUAGGGUAGAGUCGUUAGAAUGUAUGGGAGACUAGAGUGCACAAUUUAUCAACAUGUAUUUAAUAAAUAAAGAAAAAUAUGACACAAUAUUUAUAACAUGAAUCUUU